AUGAAUGUCCUAAGUUGGAAUUGCCGGGGGCUUGGGAACCAACGGGCGGUUCAAUUCCUAAAAGAGUUGGUAACUCAAAAGAAACCCGAUUUUAUUUUCCUCUGUGAAACAAAAAGUGGUAAAAGUAAAAUUGAAAGAUUGGGCCGGUCACUUGAGUUUGAAUGGGUUUUUACUGUUGAAGCCCAAGGAAGUGCUGGUGGGCUUGCUUUUUUAUGGAAAAAUCAAGAUUAUGGUAGUAUUGUGGGAUUUUCAAAAAACCACAUUGAUUUCUUGGUGGAGUCGGCUGAGAAAGGGAGAUGGCGUCUAACAGGAAUCUAUGGUGAAUCCGUGCGUGCUCAACGUCAACAAACCUGGGACCUGCUUCGAUUUUUGGCAAGAGACUCGUCUCUUCCGUGGUGUGUACUUGGGGAUUUGAACAACAUAGCUCAUCAUGAGGAGAACAGAGGCGGUCGAAGAUAUCCUCAACAGUUUAUUGAUGGGUUCUGUGAAGCUCUUGAAGACUGCGGGUUGGAGGACAUGGAGUUGGUUGGGCACCCUUUCACUUGGGAGAAGGGUAGAGGUACAGACAAUUGGAUAGAGAGCCGCCUUGACCGUGCUUUGGUGAACUCACUUUGGACCCAGGUUUUUAAUCUUGCCACUCUUUUCAAUCUUGAAUUUUCUUCCUCUGAUCAUUGUCCAUUAUGGUUGGAAACUGAAGUCAAGCAUGUGUAUCAUCCGAAUAAGAAAUUUAAGUUUGAGAAUGCCUGGUUAAAAGAACCUAUGUGUUAUGAAAUUGUCAAAAAUUGUUGGAAUUUGGGGGCUGCUAACCUCAUUUCAGAGAAACUUAAUCGGUGUGCCGUUAGUUUGGGUGAAUGGGGGAAAGAAGUUACAGGGAACUUCAAGCUUAGAAUCCGAAAAUGCAAGAAAGAAUUAAAAGCCUUAAAGAACUUGAGGGACCCCGUGUCUGUGCAGAGAUAUAGUGAGGUAAAAGAAAAUCUUUUUUUGGUGUUGGAUCAAAGAGAGGCUUUUUGGAAACAACGUGCGAAGCAAUUGUGGUUGAAAGAGGGAGAUCACAAUAGUAGUUAUUUUCACAAAAUGGCUUCGUCCAGGAAACGGAAUAACCAAAUUCAGAAAUUGAAGAAUGAUAAUGGUGAGUGGGUGGAUUGGGACAAUGGGCUUCCUACUGUUGUGUCCAAUUAUUUUAAUGGAUUGUUUCAUGCUUCGGGUAGUGCCUGCCAGGAAGUCGUUGACUGUGUAGAUACUCGGGUCUCAUCCUUUGUCAACACUGAGUUACAGCAACACAUUUCGGAAGAAGAGGUUAAGAAGGCUGUGUUUCAAAUGCACCCGGAUAAAAGUCCUGGGCCGGACGGAAUGACACCGGCCUUUUAUCAAAAGUGUUGGUCAAUAGUUGGGAGUGAUGUUGUUGAGGCGGUCAGGAGUUUCUUUCUCUCCGGGGACUUUGAACAGAAUUGUGGUGAUGCUAACAUAGUGCUUAUCCCGAAACUAAGAAUCCUUCGGAUAUGA